CAAUCUAUCAAUUUCUAUCAACAAGUCAAAACAUUAUGAGCAGCAAGUGUAUUGUCGAAUUCCAUCAAUAAGGACGGCAAUAGCAAUAAAAUAUACCUUACAAUUCAUUCAAAUUUGGUCUCAUCGUCAUUGUAUGAGAUUUUAGUUUUGUUUCGUUCUUAUUUCCAUUUCUUAUUUCGUUUCUUUUUUUUUGUCUUAUUAUUAUUUUGUGCUGACACACGAAAGAAUAAUAAUAGCGCGACAAUGACAAGUUAUUAGUUGAUACACCGUCAAUAUAACUCGUUUCAAAGCUCAAUGAUUCGGUUUGUAUCCGUUGACUCUGCUCAAGUUAAAAGUGAUUUCGUCCACAACAUUUUGUGAAUAUUAUUUUGUUUUUUUGUUGGAAAUUUUUACUCUCGAUAAAGUUAGCAAACUACAUCAACAGAAUGAAAGAAAAAACAUUAAAAGUCUAUUUGGAUGAAGUGUGUGAUAUGCUGGACACAUACGGCGGACGUGAUAAGGUUAUGAAAAUUCUGUGCUAUUCGGCAAAAUUAGCGGCCGGUCUUAAUGUCGACAAGAAUCCUGAUCUGGCCAAACGAUUCGCAACAAUAAGUUCAAAAAUAUCGGGAGCUCGGGCCACAUUACGGCUUAUCGAUGACAUUCCAAUGCUACAGCAUACCCUUGAAUAUGGACUUGGCUCAAAGGAAUCGGAUACGGCUUUAUCAAUUAUCGGUGUAAUUACAAAUACAGUCGAUCAUCUAUUUUAUCCAGUUGAGAAAAUAUGUUGGUUAGCAGAGCAUAAGUGUUUAACAGUCGAAAACCCAGAUCGAUGGGAUACAAUUAGCUCAAUAUUUUGGGUGUCAUCAAUUUAUUUGAAUUUAAUGAGAACUUGUCGGUGUAUUAUUCUGAUGGAACAGCAUAAACAUUGUUUAGAAAGGGCAGAUACUCCAGUUCAAGUUACAUUGGCCGCAUUGUUGGCACGACAACGAAUGGAAUUGAUUUCCGUAAUUCGUCUUUCAGUUGAUUUAACUCAUGCCGUAUCAACAUUACCAAAAGGUUGGUUCUGGGGUGGAAAAUUAAAAACUUGGCAUGUCGGUGCACUUGGUACAUUAUCUGCAAUGAUUGGUAUUUAUCAAUAUUUUGCCAAGAAAAAACUGAAAAAGAACUAAAUCGUUCGCUGGCGAACAUUUAAUAUUAAAUGAAAAAAAUAUUAGAAUGUUUGAAAUUAUGUUCAAUUAUUUGUAGUUGGUAA